GGUCACUCGUGGGCUACGAUUUUUUUUUUUUUUUUAAUGGUACUAUGACAUCGCAGAAAGAUCGAUCGAUCCUUAGUACGGGAGACGCGUGGAGGGGGCAUGCGCGAGGCAACCCGCCACGGUCGUGGAUUCAGACGUAGAAGAGGGGGCACGACGUGGAAGUGGGGACUCUUAAAUGCAACCGGGUGCCCGUCUGACCGUCGGAAUUCGGAGGUGGAGGGAACCCCAGGUUAAACCGUCACGCGCUAUCCCCUCCCCUCGAGUGGUCGGCGUUUUCCCCUACCCUGACGCGGCAGCGCCUCCACCGGGCAUUCCAUCGGGUGGCACGCUUCGACGGAACGACAGAAGACGUUCGUCGUUCGUUCAGUCAGUCGCUCUCUGACGCCCGUUGCGAACGGUCGGAGUUCUGUGAGUUCAGAGAGACAAGCGUCGAGACGAGCAAGGGACACAAGUUCUCUUACUGCGUUCUCGGGUCCGAACCACCCUUUGUACAUUCGGUCGGCCACUUUGGGAUUACGUUGUGGCCCGUGGCCAGACAUCAGUGCGUACGCGGCAAGCUUGGAUUACCAGUGCAGUGCUACGGCAAAUUGUGCAUACACGAUUUGUCGUUCCUUGUCGUCGCUAAUAUCAAUCAUUGUGAUACGAGAACAUGGUGACCGGGGUGGGUGCCACGAUGCCGACCGGUGGUGUCACAGUCGGUGCCACGCCGCCGGCGCAACACGUGCCCCAGGAGGCUGGACAGCCCCCUGCGCAGACCGCCACCGCGACUACUACCACCAGAAGAUCUGGGGAGAAUCGACGGAGCAAUAAACCGAUUAUGGAGAAACGUCGUCGAGCCCGCAUCAACAACUGCCUCAACGACCUGAAGACCCUCAUUCUGGAUGCCAUGAAAAAAGACCCAGCGCGGCACUCGAAGCUCGAGAAGGCGGACAUUCUGGAGAUGACGGUGAAGCACCUGGAGACUCUCCAGCGGCAACAGGUCGCCCUGGCCGCCGCGACGGAUCCGAACGUCUUGAACAAAUUCCGAGCUGGUUUCACGGAAUGCGCCGGCGAGGUUGGCAGGUUUCCCGGUCUAGACGCGUCGGUGAAGAGGCGUUUGAUGGCCCACUUGGCCUCCUGCCUGGGACCAGUCGAAGCGAGCAACACCAACGGCCAAACCGCGAAUCAGCCCGUUCAGCCGGCGCCACCGACGACGCAGCUCCAAGUGCACAUCCUGCCUCAGGUGGACGCGACGCCGAGGAUCCAGGUUCAGCAAUCGAACGGGAUCUUCUUCACGAACGCCAACGGAACGGGUCUCCAGCUGGUCCCGACCAGAUUACCUAACGGAGACAUCGCUCUGGUCCUGCCAGCAGGAGCCAAGGCUACUCCGGUGACGUCUCCGGCGUCGUCACCGGCGCCCACGUCUCCUCUGCCAACUCUGAUCCCGAUUCCUCAGAGAACGGCGAGCACGGCGUCAGCGUCUUCGUCCACCUCCUCCGCCAGCUCGACGUCCACAUCGGCGGCGAGCCCGGUCGCCUUCGAGGCACCGCCAGCGGCCUUCCGCGAGCAAUCAACCGCCUACAACACCGCCAACAGCCACAGGGACGUCGCGACGUCGCCGGCGAACGGUUACACCAGCGACCCGGAGUUCGAUCCGCGCGUCUACAGUCCACCCCUUCAGAAACCGCUCGCCCUGGUGAUGAGGAAGAGCGUCAUGCCGGAAAUCGAGGACAAACCGUGGAGGCCAUGGUAAAAUCCUUCGUGUGAGACGCGUUUUAGUGUUAGAGACGGUCUCGUGUGACGCGUAAUAGUAGAUGUUUAAGAGUUCUGACCGAACACACGUGAAUCGGUUUUGCCGUUCAACGCCGCGCGAGAGAUUCCGCGGAACACGGAUAUUGUUCCUUAAAGUAUCGCUUCAGGAUCGUCGUGGGGGGCGAGAGAUGUGUCCUGCGAGUCUGGGAGUUGCCGAGAAUCGCGUGUACGAUUCCCCAUGUGCGUACAGUCGGCCAGUAGCCUAUGAGGCAGUGCCUUAUACAGUGCCUUGUAAAUAUUCUAUCGUCGUUGGAGUCGGAUCGGACGUGUACUGGAAGAACGUAAUGAAUCCUCCUUCGCGUUCGUGGACAUUUUAUUUUUCGUCAACGUUUACGUUCUGUUUUCUCGCGCGUCCCGUCCCCGUUAUCGCAUUCUUUCUUCUUUUCGCCUUCCUCUGUACAUACGUUAGUCGGAUAUCAUAUUUUAAGUGCCUUACGCAACAAGAAUCACCGAGGUCUUCCAUUCUGUUUCUUGUACCGUAGAAAAAAACGCCAAGCGAGUGUUAUGUAUCGUUGCAAGUACGAGGAACGUUUUGUAACUAACGCGAAUUUUAGUUUGUAGUUGUUUAGUUAAGUCGUGUGCGAGUGUUGCGCGUGGGUGCGAGAGAGAGUAUGCGAACAAUUGUCCUAUUUAUAUUUAUAUGAGUGCAGAGAAAUUAAAUUUAUAAUUCCUCUCUAUUGUGAGAAUAGAAAAGAUCGACGCUUAUUACUGCAAGAGUAUCAAAUAAAUAUUGAUCUCUUUCUUAAACCUUAA